AUAUGGGCCCAAUUAAAGCAUGAGAACCCUAAUACGUAGCUUAAGCUCUUCUUUGUCUAUCUGCGUCUCUCUCGGAAGGUUUUGAUUCCAGGUGCAGUUUGAAUCAGUGAUAAUGGAGAGUGAAACGAAACCAACCUUCAGCAAAUCAACAGGCCUUCCACGUAAGCGAUUCUACAGAGCAAGAGCUCAUAGUAACCCACUCAGUGACUCCCACUUCCCCAUCCCCAUCUCCCCAUCUCAUGUCGACUUUUCACUUCACUUCCCCAAGUUCGUUGGAACCAACAACGAAGAAGUCUCCAAGAAGGUCGAGUUCGCAGAUAUCGGAUGCGGCUUUGGCGGCCUCCUCAUCUCCCUCGCAACGCUCUUCCCUGAUACCUUGAUGAUCGGCAUGGAGCUGAGAGACAAAGUGACGGAAUACGUCAAGGAACGGAUCUUAGCCCUGAGGAAGACGAGCUCGGGGGGACAGUACGAGAACGUCUCUGUCGUUAGGACGAACUCGAUGAAGUACAUUCCGAAUUACUUUGAGAAAGGACAGCUUUCCAAGAUGUUUUUCCUCUUCCCCGAUCCGCAUUUCAAGGAGAAGAAUCACAGGAGGAGAGUGAUUAGCGUUGAUUUGCUUGAUGAGUAUGCUUACGUUCUUAGAGCUGGUGGGGUUAUAUAUACGAUUACCGAUGUGGAGGAGCUUGGAGAGUGGAUGAGGUCUUGCUUGGAGAAGCAUCCUAUGUUUGAGUCUUUGACGCAUGAGGAGCUUGAUUCUGAUCCUGUCGUUGAGCUUCUGUGCAGUGCUACUGAGGAAGGGCAGAAAGUUGCUAGGAAUGGAGGUCAGACUUUCAGAGCCGUUUUCAGACGCAUUGCUUAUGUUUCUUGAAUUUGAUCUCUUGUUCUGUUAGUGAACAUCUUAUUGUUGUUGUAACACAAGCAUCUUUCUUAAUUUUUAAUUUUUGGGAUAGUAUUUACAGAAAUUUUGAAAUUAAUGAAUCUUUCAAGACAA